GAGUAUAGGUAAAGGUUGGCACGGUCACUCAGGGUAAGAGGGGAGAGAGGAAGAGAUCAGAGGGUGUCUGUAGAGCGGACGGUCCCUCUGUCCCGGUAGAACAAUGCUAUAAUGAGCAGCUUCUUAGACUAUUCGGUGAUGAGCGGUGAAGGUGGCUCAUGCUCUGUCAGGGCUUUCCACUCGGACCACGGGAUUACAACUUUCCAGUCCUGCGCGGUUACUGUCAACAAUUGCGGGGCUGAUGACCGCUUCAUGGCGAGCAGGGCUUCCCCUGAUGGCAUCCCUCACCAGCCGGGGUCAUACCAGUCUACUACGAGCUCGCUUGGUCUCGCCUAUGGGGCCCAUCCGGCCUGCAGCUCCAGCUAUGGACCACAAAGUUUCUGUACUACGUAUAACCAUUACGCGCUCAACCAGGAAGUAGACUCCACAGCGGGAUUCCCACAAUGCGGCCCGUUGAUGUACUCGGGUAACAUUUCCUCCUCCAUGGUCUCUCAACAUCGCCAAGGUUACAGUGCCGCCCCCCUGGGUCAACUUCAGUAUGCCCACGCUGCCUAUGCCGGCGGGCACGAGCAAGCUGCAGCUUUUCCUGGGUGCUCAAACCCGCUGUCACCACUGCACGCAGCUCACCUGGAUGCUUGCUGUUCACCUCUGUCUGAGGGCGCAUCUUCUGCACAGACCUUUGACUGGAUGAAAGUUAAGAGGAACCCACCAAAAACAGGGAGGUCUGGGGAGUACGGUUAUGGUGGUCAGCCGAACACGGUUCGGACCAACUUCACCACCAAGCAGCUGACGGAGCUGGAAAAGGAGUUCCACUUUAACAAGUACCUGACCCGUGCGCGGCGAGUUGAGAUCGCGGCUGCGCUUCAGCUGAAUGAGACUCAGGUGAAAAUCUGGUUUCAGAACCGGAGGAUGAAGCAGAAGAAGAGGGAGAAAGAAGGGCUGCUGCCGACCAAAGCUCCAUCAUCAGACCCGGGAGAGAGGAUUCAAGAGAAAAUGGACGAUGCAGAGUCAGAGAAGUCUAUCUCAGCUCCCCCUUCUCCGUCUCCUACAUCAUCCACGGUGUCUUCCACGGGGGCUGACCCUUACUCCUCCAAUUAAGAACCAACUGCCUCUAUACCUCUUUGGGCCACAGGCGGCCACAUAUAUCACAGCUCAUACACAGUGUAUCAAAGUCCUGAUUGAUGGAUGACAUAUGUGGACAUUUAGAAUGAGUCAAUGCACUAUUUGGGACUUUGGACAAUAUAUGGACCAUUUCUGAGUUAUGGAUUUGUUUUAUAUUGUGUAUUGUAUUCAUAAGAACGAUACCAUUGCUGUCUACGGCCAUGGGUUCAAAAUGUGUCCACUUUCUUUUGAAAUCAGACAUAAAUACACGUUGAUAAAGAUAAAGAUAUCCAGUACCUUCCUUACAGCUGCCUGCUCCUGACCAGUGCUGCUGAAUGUGCCAAAUGUAAAGACACAAAGCUGCACACACAAACAAAUACCUCAAAUGUGCCAAAGAUGUGCGUCAUGGCCACGGCCAGGCUGAUUGCACUGGAUGUCGUCAAUUAGGCAUCACACAAUCAACGAGACGACCUCGUUUAUUAAUCGUUAUAGAGUGCAUUGUUAUAGUACCUCCUUAAUCACUGUCACCUCUGUGUUUCAGGCCUGUGUGUUUGUGUGUCGCGACUGUCUGAAUGUUUAUUGUGUGAGAUCUGCAUGAUGCGUAAUGCUUUCAUGUAUUAUUAGCGGGGCGCUGAGUUUUAUCAGUUGGGGAACCGGUCGUGUAUGACCAUAUAUGUUCCAGGCUUUUAUCUGUUAUCUAUUUAAUCCAGUGGAGCACAUACAAAAUGUUUUGUCCAGAGAGACGUUUACGGGUCAAUCAUGUGUAUUAAAGUG